AAUUUGAGGUGAGCGUUGUUUUCAUUUGGUGUUAUUAAAAUCGUUAAAAAUGGAUAUUAACAUGAUUGACUUGAUGGAUUUAGAAGAUUUGGACAUGCUAGACACCACUCGGCGACCUGAUAGACAUCGACAUCGUGUGAAUCCGUUUGAAUUGAGUGACGAAGAUUUUAGGUGGUUUGUGACGCUGACCUGAAAAUCAUGGACAUUGUUACCAGGUGGCGUGGUAGUGUACAUGACUCCAGAAUAUUCCGAGAAUGUAGACUAAAACAGAGGUUUGAGGCUGGUGCAUUCUCUGGAAUAUUACUUGGUGACAGUGGCUAUCCUUGUACCCCUUACCUAUUUACACCGCUGCUGAACCCCACAACACCACAAGAAGAAAGAUAUAAUAGGAGCCAUAUCCGUACCAGGAACACAGUGGAAAGAUGUUUUGGUUUGUGGAAGCAACGGUUUCGUUGCCUAUUAAGAGGUAUGUUUGGAGAUAUUGAAACAGCAAAAAAAACAAUUGUUGCAUGUGCUGUACUACACAAUAUGGCCAUCGACAUGAGAGAAGAUGUGUUUUCUGGUGAGAGAGAUAGCAUUGAACAAUAUUCAUCUGAACCUAUAGUACAAAGAUAUAUUGCACCAUCAAUAAGGGGAAAUAUUAGAAGAAGACAGUUUAUUGAAACUCAUUUUCAGUAGAGAUAAUACCCAUUUAUAAAGGAAAAUAUUUCUGCAGAGCCGUUGUCAGCUGUCAAAGAAUAACGACUACAUAUUCACCAAUAUGAAAUAAAUUCAGGGGAGUAUUGUGAUAAUAUUUCAUUUAUUGAGCAAAAUGCUUUUAUUUAGGCUAUAAAUGAUUGUGUUUCAGGGAAAGAUGCGGGGUACAGCACAUUCCACAUCAAUAUGAAGCUAUAUUAUAUAAAGAUUUAAGUGCUUUAGAGAUAUGUUUAGAUUUUUUAAUAAAUAUCGUCCCUCCUCUACAUUCACAGCCGGAUUUCCUUUCCAGAGGUGCACGGGUCCACGGGGAGUAGGACUGUAUGAUGACUAAGUAAUUAGGUUUAGUUUUUUUUAUUAUAGUUUUUUACUAUUGUAUAUUAUAUUUCAUUGUUAUGUAAAUAAAAUGCAUAUUAAUUAUAAUUAUUUAUUUUAAUUAUUAAUAAAAGAUGUACAAAUAUUUGCAGCAAUUUAGUACCUGAAAAUAAUUGUUUCAUAUAUGAGGAUAUUUACAAACAUGUAUCUGAUAUAGUCUCAAAUAUUUAGUUUUUUUUAUAGGAUAAUGGUGAUAAACACAGUCUACCACACACACACAGUCCAUCUGAUGUUAAGUAACUGCUGUGGUGCAUAGACGUCCACAUCUAUCCUCGACUACAAAUCAAAAUGCAGAUGCGUUGUCACCCGUGUGGAGUAAGAUGGAAUGCCUCGUUUCCUGUAAAAGAGGUCUCUCUCAUACAAAAUUUGUACAAAAAUUUAUCCAAAAUUUGUCAAUAAACAAGUUUAAAUGUUUUAUUAAAGAAAAAUUUUAUAAAAAGGUUAUUAUAAUAUCAAAGAAUACAUAAAUGAGAAUAUUGGAAAUACUGGAAUUGAGGUGAUCGCCACCAUGGUGGUUCUAUUAAAAUUCAUUUAAAAAUUGUACAAAUAAAAUUAUUGUUAAGAGAAAUAUGUUUAUAAAAAAGUCCCGCUGGGUUUCUUACUAGUUCUUCCCAGGACUGAGGUAUUUUCCGAACCAGUGGUAAAUAAAAAAUGUCUUUCAAUAAGUAUUCUGUAAUAAUCUAUAUUUAAUAAAAAUCAUUCUAUUCUAUUCUCAUUCUAUAAACUCACCAUAAUAAACACAGCAGCAUUAAGCUGCUAUUUAACUUGUGUUUUUCUGACUUUCUAAUAAAAAUAUUUGUAACUCUAAUUUUCUAAUUUUUAGGUUAGCUAUUUUAAUAUUGUAUUUAUGUUCCUCUUCCAUCAUUUCCAGUUGUCUUUUUUUUAAAUCUGUGUUACUUUUUACAAUUGUUUGGUGUACAUCUUCUCUUCUGUAAAAUGAAAUGGAAUACUUAAUGUAAGUUUUGUAGUUAUUUUAGAAAUUUACAAAGUAUUCUAGAGUAAUAAAAGUGCACUUAACCUUGUACACCAAUUAAAGAAAUAUUUUUUAAUUAUUUUUAAAUCAAUUCAUAUUAAACUUUGCUUUUAAUAUUUGAAAACAUGAAACAAUUUUCAGUGUUUAAAUACUAAUUUUCACAUUUUAAAAAGUAUGUAAUGUAUCAGACUAUGUAAUUUUUUCAACAUACCUAUUUUGCAAGCUAUUUUUCCUGUUUUUAAUUUUUGUUAUACCCCUAGUAAUAAUAUCUUUAUUGUUGGUUAUUUUCACCAUUUUGGCACUUUCUUCUGUAUCUGUAGUUGGAUCUAUCUCUAAAAAUUAAUAUAAAUAUAACAGUUUUAGAAAAUUAACAUUUAUAAUAUUUACAAACUUGUAUGCCUAUGAUUGUAACUAUAAUAAUAAUAUAUUUUGCUUUUUAAUAAAUAUUCAAUCAGUAUUAUUUACCUUGCACAUAUACAACAUUGGGUUCUGGAUUUUCUACAUUUUUAACUAUAGCUGUGUCUGUUUUUUCAAAAUUAAGGCGAGGCUUAGGGUCAGCAACUUCUUUUGAUGUUGUAGCCACAGUCACUGGAUCCUAAAAUAAAUCAUUAAAACAUUUAUUAACAUGUUUUCCUGUCACCUGUCAUCUCUAUUUUGCCCUUUAUUGAAUCAGGUAUUUUCUAUGUUGUAGAAAUAUUAUUAUGAUCCAAGACAAAAGGUAAUUUAAUAAAUUAUUAAUUAUAAUACCUAAUAAAAAAUUAUAAUCGGACUGUGUAGAUAAUCUAGUAAAAUGUGUGUUAUGAUAUUAUAUAGACCACUAUAUAUGAAUUUGUGACAUUUCAAUUUUGAAUAUAAUUAAUUAUAAAGAAAUUUAUGUUAAAUUGUUACUAAGUAUAUUAAAUUUUGAAUAUUCGGAAAAUAAUUUUUGAUUGUAAAUUGUAUGCUUUAAGAGUAGAUUUCAGAGCACUACCUAGGUACUAAAGUAAUGGAAAAUAAAGUUCUUUAAUUUUAAUUAAAUUUGUAAGACAUG